GCCUCGCAGACGUCUGCGCCCGAGUUAAGUUAGACCCGGGAAGCAGAAAUCCACGCGCUGGACGCGUGGGCCCAGGCGCGCCCGAUUGGGAACCUCGCUGACAGUUACCGUAGUUUUUCCAGAUCAUUCAGUGUUCAGGAAAUGAGUCUCUCUGGAUGCCAACUCUUUCGCGUCCUGGUGCCUGAAUACCGUUGAACCCAGGAGCCCCAGAGUCUACCUAGCCUGGGGAACCCCCUUUCCCCUCUAACCAUGGGUUUGGGGAACCUGUCAAGUGCAAAGUGCCAGUCAAGCAUAUGGGAGGGAGUGUGGCUUCAGUGCUGCUCUGAGACCUAUAUUGUCUAGGGCCAAAGGAAUAACUGGGAAGGUGGAUCAAAGGCCAGAGAAUCCCGCCAUGGAACUCGGCUCGCAUGCUGUCUCUGUCGCUCCAGCCUCUGGAAGGAGGUGAACGCUCACUGAUGGCUCAGUUGGGAGCAGUUUUGGCUGUGGCUGCCAGUUUCUUGUGUGCAUCUCUCUUCUCAGCUGUGCACAAGAUAGAAGAGGGACAUAUUGGGGUGUAUUACAGAGGCGGUGCCCUGCUGACUUCCACCAGCGGCCCUGGCUUCCAUCUCAUGCUCCCAUUCAUCACAUCCUAUAAGUCUGUGCAGACCACACUCCAGACAGAUGAGGUGAAGAACGUACCUUGUGGGACAAGCGGUGGCGUGAUGAUCUACUUCGACAGAAUCGAGGUGGUGAACUUCCUGGUCCCACACGCAGUGUAUGACAUAGUGAAGAACUACACUGCCGACUACGACAAGGCGCUCAUCUUCAACAAGAUCCAUCACGAGCUGAACCAGUUCUGCAGUGUCCACACGCUUCAGGAGGUCUACAUCGAGCUCUUCGAUCAGAUUGAUGAAAAUCUCAAACUGGCUUUGCAGCAGGACCUGACCUCCAUGGCCCCCGGGCUCGUCAUCCAAGCUGUGCGGGUGACAAAGCCCAACAUACCUGAGGCCAUCCGCAGGAACUACGAGCUGAUGGAAAGCGAGAAGACGAAGCUUCUGAUUGCGGCCCAGAAGCAGAAGGUGGUGGAGAAGGAAGCCGAGACAGAGCGGAAGAAGGCCCUCAUCGAGGCAGAGAAAGUGGCUCAGGUGGCAGAAAUCACCUAUGGGCAGAAGGUGAUGGAGAAGGAGACGGAGAAGAGAAUUUCAGAAAUCGAAGAUGCUGCGUUUCUGGCCCGGGAGAAGGCCAAGGCGGAUGCCGAGUGCUACACUGCCAUGAAAAUAGCCGAAGCAAAUAAGCUGAAGCUGACCCCCGAGUAUUUGCAGCUGAUGAAGUACAAGGCCAUCGCUUCCAACAGCAAGAUUUACUUUGGCAAAGACAUCCCUGACAUGUUCGUGGACUCCGCGGGGAGCCUGGGCAAGCACUUGGAGGCGCUAGCUGACAAGCCGAGCUCUGGCUCAGAAGAGGAGCCCUCGGAGGCAGACUCGGAGGAGAACUGAAUGUUUCUGUCCCCAGCCGCACAUGACACUCAAAGAGAUCUUUAUUUUUUAAUGAUGAACCAGCCCCCCCUUCCACACUACCUUCUUUGACUCUCUUCCACGUGCUGUGGUGAAAAAAGAAGAAACGGACUUAAAUCUAUUCCCCUUCCUGGGAAGCGGGGGCGGGGACUGAUGAAUCGGGGUUUUCUUCAGGUAAGUAGGUUACGUGACUUCUGUUAACAUUUGGAAACCGUGGGUUAGACCUUUGACCUCCAGGCACUGAUUUUCGCCCUUUUGAAACUGGCUUAACUAGGGAUGCGAUUAAUAAGGAGUGGGAGAAAUGCGGGGUGUCGCCUCCGAUCGGACUGCCCUUAUUUGGGGAAAGGCAGUCCAGUGUUCUCAUCGUGCCUCCAAGGUGGGAGAUGCCCGUGGGUGAGGCCCAGCUACCGAGCAAAUACGUGCUUGUAAGUUUGCCAGCAGCGCUGUGGAGAAACGGCUGCGGUGGAUGUUGGCUUUCCCGGCGCUCCUGGCCGUGAGCCGGUGAGUUAACCGCCGAGGCCCGCUCUCUGGAGCCCUGGUACGGAAGAGCUGGUGCCAGGUUUUGCAAGCUUUUCUACACACCACCCUCCCGGCCCCAGGGCUGAAAGCGUGGUGGCUUCCGACCACAUCUCCAGGGUCAGGGUUUGGCCACCACCACACAAUUCUUUUUAAAACUUUUCACCUAUUCUGUGAUUUGUGUUUUUUUUUUUUUUCUCCUCUUAACCUGUUCGUUGGUUCCACUCAGCAUCAAGAAGACAGGAACGAACAACUCAGGUGUCUUCAAAGCUGCUGAAGUGGGACCGUGCUAUCUGUUAGCCACUGUGGUACCUGCUUGGCAAACUGUGUGCGUUCCUUGAGAUAAAGUGUCUUUUCAUUGCUGUGGGGAUCCUACUGUUGAAGACCUGCUCUAGGGGAGGAAGACGGGCUCGUCCAAAAGACCCCCCAGUCUCAGGGCCCGUGACCUGUGCUGGGGUCUGUCUGAUGUAGCGAUAAGGGGGAGCCCGUUCGCUAAAAGGCAGGUGUCUUUAAAUCCAGGGCUCCAGGGGU